UCAACGUCCUCAGAUCACUGUCGGGUGUUUGGUGGGGUUCCCACCCUUACUCACAAAAACUGCUAUAUAAUGCGAUUGUCCGGAGCCAUUUCGAUUAUGCUGCCUUCAUUAUAGACCCUUGCAAUAAAGCAGCUCUGGAGAAAAUUGACAAAGUGCAGUACAAGUGCCUUCGCAUAGUUUCAGGUGCGAUGAAAUCCUCCCCUACCAAUGCCCUCCAGGUUGAGUGUGUUGACCCUCCUCUCUCACUUCGGAGACAAUACUUAUGUGAUCGGUUUUUCUUUCGAAUCUGGCAAUCUAACUCCCAUCCUUUGUUGCCCAAACUUGAUAUCCUUAAGCGUCUGUGUAAUGCUCAAGAAACCCAUGGACUUUCCUAUCUACUAAAAACUUAUAUCUUUUCUUCUAACCUCCCCCACCCUACAUCCAAAUUUAGUAUUUACCCUCUGUUUGAUGUUCCUUACGACGCCUUAGUUUUUCAGCCCAAUGUAGUAAUGGAUUUAGGUAUCAGUAAAGACUCUCCUGCCGCUGAAAAAGCUCUAAGUGCGAAACUCAAUUCAGAGUGGUCAGGCUGGCUCCCCAUAUUCACUGACGCAUCCAAACUCUCCGAAAACAGCAACGUGGGUUUGGCCGUAUGGCUGCCCAAGUACAAAGUUGCACUCAGUUUUAAGCGUCCCCCUGAGUCCUCGGUCUUCACGGGCGAGGCAACAGCUAUUCUCGAGGCGCUUCUGUACGCUGAGUCACACAAACUUAACAAAACUAUUAUCCUUUCUGAUUCGGCCAGUUCAUUACAAGCAAUUAUUUCCUUUCCCUUUAAAUCCAAAUCCAAAUUCCCUAUCAUUUUAAAAAUUAGAGAAACCCUAUUCCGUUGCAUGACUCAGGGUAUAGAAGUAGCUAUCGCUUGGAUACCUGGGCACAGUGGUAUUAUUGGACCGAGGCUGGAUAGAUCCUGGAAAGUGUCCUGGGACACUUCUAGGAAUUUUAAAGGUAAAUUUUACUCCCAUAUCCAACCUCAUAUCCCAAAAAAGCCAUGGUUUUUUAAAGCAAAACACUUAGAUAAACCAGCAACUUCCACUCUUUGUAGACUGCGUCUGGGCCACGCGUGCACACCGGUGCACUUGGCUAGGAUUCGGGUCCGUGAUAGCUCUGUCUGCGACUGCGGUGCCAGUGAAGGAUCUGUUGAUCAUCUCUUUUUCGAAUGUCCCAACCUUCAAACCUCCCUAUAUGACAUCCUCCCCCCCACCAUUCCCAAACCUGUAAAUACUAACUAUCUUCUUACCCUUGUACAUACUCCCCUUGUUAAUAUACUGUACAAAUUCCUUAAGACUAACAAUAUUAAACUGUAAAUGUGUUUGUACAUAUAUACUAACAAAUCUAACCAUUACUUGUGAUGUCCACUUAUUGUUUGUAUAUAUUGUGUUUGUCUGGUUGUUUCAGGUUUUAACUGUGUAAAUAGUCUAAAAUAACCGUAACGACUGCUUUCCAAUACUGUGAGCAUUGGUCACGUGACUCUGGCCCAGUUAGCCGUGUUAGUCACACACGGCAAAGAGCCAUUCAACCAAAA